AUGGAUCCUCGCCUUGACUCGGAAAAUCUUAGAAUGCCCAAAACCAUUGCCCUCAUCAGCGGCGCCAACCAAGGCAUCGGCCUGGCAACAGCAACUCGUCUAGCACGCGAACACGGCUAUCAAGUCAUAAUCGGUUCUCGCAAUGCCAACAACGGCCUCAAGGCAGCCAAGGAACUUCAAUCCGAGGGCUUAUCGGUCGAUAGCGUACAGUUAGACAUCACAUCCGACGAGUCCAUCGCCAAGGCAGCUGAAUACAUCACUCAAAAAUACAGCAGACUAGACGUUCUCAUCAACAACGCUGGCAUCCAGCUAGAUGUACGCGUACAAGGUGAAGCCGCAAACAUGUCAUUGCGUCAACUCUGGGAACUCACAUUGUCUACGAAUGUGAUUGGUACUGCCUGUCUGACGGAGGCCAUGAUUCCCUUGUUGCGCAAAUCGAGUCAACGCCCGCGCGUGAUCUUUGUGUCGACUCGGAUGGCUUCAUUGGCCGAGAGUCUGAAUCCGAAUACCUUGUAUUAUAAGAUCGAUUAUAAGAUGUAUGACACUAGCAAAGUUGGUGUGAACAUGCUCGUCUCGAAUUAUGCGCGCAUAUUGGGCGAAGAGAUGAGAGCGCGUGUCAAUGCUGUUUGUCCGGGUCUCAUCCAAACGCAGCUUACAGGGUAUAUACCCUAUGGCGAAAAACCGGAGGCUGGCGCCCAACGUAUUGUCGAGUUGGCCACUGUUCCUGACGACGAUGAGACGACGGGGACCUUCUCAGAUCGUCAUGGUGUCAUUCCAUGGUAG